CUCUGAGCGGCCGGUGCGAGAACACUCACAUUCAGCAGACAAUGAGACGGUUUAGUGUUCGUCUCUUCAGCCACUUUUCCCGUCCUCAGUUCACUGCUCCUAGGCUCGCCACCACAUGCCUCCUCCGUCAGGAGGGCUUCACGGGUUCCUUCCCCGGGUUCCUUCCUACUAUUCCGCAUCCCAGCCGACACCUCCGGAGGGGUGUGAGCUGCACUGCUACAAGCCAGCACCUACAGGACCUGAGUGGCUCUGAACAGAGACUGUUGGACAAACUGUAUGAAGGACUAAUCUCUGGACAGAGGGCUUCCCUGGCUGAGUCCAUAACGCUUGUGGAGACCCAGCAUCCCAGGAAGAAGGAGUUGGCUCAGGUUCUGCUGCAGAAGGUGUUGGCCUUCAGGAGGCAGCAGGAGAGCAGCAAUGGAGGGAAGCCAGUGGCCUUCAGAGUAGGAUUAUCUGGUCCUCCUGGAGCUGGGAAGUCCUCGUUUAUCGAGGUGAUGGGAAAAAUGUUAACUGGACAGGGACAUAAAGUAGCAGUGCUGACCGUUGACCCCUCUUCCUGCACUUCAGGAGGGUCUCUGCUUGGAGAUAAGACUCGUAUGACUGAGCUUUCAAGAGACAUGAGCGCUUUUAUCAGGCCGUCGCCGGCCUCAGGAACGCUCGGUGGCGUCACCCGUACAACCAAUGAGGCAAUCGUUCUUUGUGAGGGGGCAGGAUAUGACAUUGUCCUCGUGGAGACUGUUGGUGUUGGUCAGUCUGAGUUUGCAGUGGCAGACAUGGUUGACAUGUUUGUGCUUCUGAUUCCACCAGCAGGUGGCGAUGAACUUCAGGGCAUCAAGAGAGGCAUUAUUGAGAGAGCCGACUUGGUGGUGGUGACAAAGUCGGAUGGAGAUCUGGUGGUGCCAGCCAGGCGGAUCCAGACCGAAUACACCAGCGCCCUGAAACUGCUGAGGAGGCAGUCCAAAUCCUGGAACCCCAAGGUUGUACGUGCCUCUUCCCACACCUUUGAGGGCAUCCCAGAAGUCUGGGCCAAGAUGGAAGUGUAUAGGGACGGCAUGUUGACCAGCGGUGAACUGCAGGGCCGGCGGAGAGCCCAGCAAAAGGUCUGGAUGUGGAGUCUGAUCCAGGAGAAUGUCCUCUGGCAUUUCCAGAAUCACCCAGCUGUCAGAGAGACUCUACCCCGCCUGGAGCAGAAGGUCACCAAAGGAGUCAUCUCUCCAGGGCUGGCUGCGGAUCUGCUCCUCAAAGCCUUUUCAGAAUCCUCGUAGUAGCGGUCAACAGAACAUUUGAGUUGGAUAAAUCCCUCAUGGCCAGUCGUUGUCAAGGAAAGCAUGAUCGAGUGAACUUCAGUGACUUAAUGAUUUGCACAAAAAGAAACAGUCUUGAAGGUUUUUAACUUUUUUCAGAAACAACUAAAAGAAAAUACGCAUUUUCAUCUCUGACUGAUUUAAGUCCACGCUUAGGAGGAGGUGAGCUUGGUCUGCUGCUCAGUCUCCUCCAUGGCAAUAAGACACAUCUAUAGUUAGCAAUUGGAGACAUUCAGUUUCUUCUGUAAGAAGCAAUGAAUCCUGUGGAGUUUUAUACCAGGUGCUGGUCCUGUCUUCACGAUAACACUAAAGAUCCUCACAAAUGUUCAGAAGAAAAUCCAGAUUUGAGGGCUUUUCUUGUUACACCCCUUUUGUAUUCACGUUUAUAAUUUGGGCCAUUUAAUCUUUGACUUGUGCAUGUCAUCAUGAGUAAUGAAAAUCAAGUGUGAAUGUAAAGAGCAGUUUUCACAGAAAUCUCUUAGACGUUAGACUUUAAAACGAUUAAAAAUCUAAACGAAAGGCUGCUUCAAAUGUAAUCAAUUAGGUCUUCUGCUUGCUGGUGCUGCCAGGCACGUGUUUUACUGUGAAUAUCUUUUAGAGAUGUUUUAACCUGAUUAAAACUGUUAUAUUAAACUCA